GCUUCCUCCCCGGCUCGCGGCCGCUUCCGGCGGAGCGCGGGCCCCGCCGCCGCCCGAGCAUGGACGACCCGGACCGCGACUCGACCUGGGAGGACGACGAGGAGGAGGACGGCGAGGACCCGGGCGCCGGGGGCGGCGGCGAUGGCGAGGCGGGCGCCCCGCGGGGCGCGGAGGACGCGGAGCAGGAGGAGGAGGAGGAGGCGCGGCCCAGCGCGCUGCCGUCUAGGACGGCCGAGUUCCGGAACUGGCGAGCCGUGCGGGACACACGCAGGUACCGCCACCGCUACCCGGACUUGAUCGAGCGGGACAGCAACGGCGACAUGCCGAACCUGAGUUUCUACCGGAACGAGAUCGAGUUCCUGCCCAACGGCUGCCUCAUCGAGACGGUCCUUCAGGACUGGAAGGACGACUACGAGACCCUGGAGGACAACCACUCCUACAUCCAGUGGCUGUUCCCUCUGCGGGAGCCGGGGGUGAACUGGCACGCCAAGCCCCUCACGCUGCGGGAGAUCCAGGAGUUUAAAGGCUCCAAGGAGGCCAGAGCGCGGCUCGUGCGCGCCUACGAGCUCAUGCUGGGCUUCUACGGGAUCAAGCUCCGCGACCCGGACUCGGGUGCCGUGUGCCGCGCGCACAACUACCAGAAGCGCUUCCAGAACCUCAACUGGCACAGCCACAACAACCUGCGCAUCACGCGCAUCCUCAAGUCGCUGGGUGAGCUGGGGCUGGAGCGCUACCAGGCGCCGCUGGUGCGCUUCUUCCUGGAGGAGACGCUGGUGCACCGGCAGCUGCCGAACGUGCAGCAGAGCGUGCUGGACUACUUUGUGUUCACCGUGCGCUGCCCGCGCCAGCGCCGCGCGCUGCUGCGCUUCGCCUGGGAGCACUUCCGGCCGCGCCGCAAGUUCGUCUGGGCGCCCCACGACAAGCUGCAGAGGCAUGCGCUGCGCCGUCCUCCGCGGCCGCCCUCGCCGGCGGCCCCUGGCGAGGCCCAGGGGGAGGAGAGCCCCGGGGACGCCUUCCCCCAGGCCGGCGCCUGCGGACCUGGGACAGGCCAGGGCGGGGACAGUGUGGCCGCCGGCCCCCAGCUUCCGAGCCCCGAGCCCCAGGAAAAGGGGGUCGAGGAAAGGGACCAGGGAGAAGAGGCCGAGAACGGAGGAGAGGAGGGGCCAGAACCUUCGAGCCCCAAGGAGGGCAAGAAGAGGAAGCUGGAGGCGAACCGGCGGGAGCAGGCCCCGGGGGAGGCGGGCCCCCAGAGCUCCUCCGAGGUGGAGAAGGUCGCCCAGAACCUGGAGGACUGCGCGCUCAGCCAGGGGGCGGGGGCCCGAGAAAUGGGCAGCCAGGAACCUGGGGAGACCGAGCAGCCCUGUGCCCCGCCCCCAGGGGCCAAGGCGGCCGACGACGAGGUGAGGAAGCGGAGGAAGGUGGACCAGUCUCCGGCCCCCACCGGGCCCCCUGCCCAGCCAGGGCCCCCUGAGGCCGGCGUGGGCGAGAAUGGGGUGGAGCAGGCGGCGGCGGAGGACCAGGGCCCCGGCGCGCCAGAGCGGGAUGCCCCCCAGAGCUCGGCCGCGGAAGAACCUGCGGUGGACCGGAAGGCGGAGCCGGCGGAGGCGGGACUGGCUGCCGGACCGCGAACGCCCUAGGCCACGGGGCGCCAGAGGGGUCCUGGCUG